AACACAGACAGACUCAAGUACAAGUACAACAGACUGGCCGUGGAAUCAAAUCAAAGCUGUAGUUUUGUUCAGUCUACAUUCACCAUGAAUCCCUUUGGUAGUAAUAAAUCAGGAAAAACUUUCCUUUUCACAUCUGAGUCUGUUGGAGAAGGGCAUUCGGAUAAAAUGUGUGAUCAGAUUAGUGAUGCUGUUCUGGACGCUUUCCUGACACAGGACCCGGACUCUAAAGUGGCGUGUGAGUGUGUGUCCAAGACAGGCAUGAUCCUGCUGUGUGGUGAAGUGACUUCCAAGGCUGUGGUGGAUCUUCAGAAAGUGGUUAGAGACACUGUCAAGAGAAUCGGAUAUGACGACUCAUCAAAGGGUUUUGACUACAAGACGUGUAACGUGCUGGUGUCCCUGCAGCCUCAGUGCGCUGAGAUCAGUGACUGUGUGUUUGAAGGCAGAGACACGGAGGACAUCGGCGCUGGGGAUCAGGGUUUAAUGUUUGGCUACGCCACUGAUGAAACAGAGGAGUGUAUGCCGCUCACCAUCCUACUUGCCCACAAACUCAACGCCAAAAUGAAGGAGCUUUCAAAGACCGGAGUUUGUCCUUGGAUUCGUCCAGACUCAAAGACACAGGUGACUGUGGAGUACCGGGACAACAUGGGUGCCAUGGAGCCUUUUCGGGUUCACACGCUGGUCAUCUCAGUCCAGCACAGUCCCGACAUCACGCUGGACGAGAUUCGGCUCAAUCUGAUGGAGAAAGUUGUAAAGACGGUCAUCCCUGCCAAAUAUCUGGACGACAAGACAAUUUAUCACCUGCUGCCCAGUGGGAAGUUCCUCUUAGGUGGUCCUCAAGGCGAUGCUGGUCUCACUGGCAGAAAAAUCAUUGUGGACACCUAUGGAGGAUGGGGAGGCCAUGGCGGAGGAGCCUUCUCUGGGAAAGAUUACUCUAAAGUGGACCGAUCCGGUGCGUACGCGGCCCGCUGGGUGGCCAAAUCACUCGUCAAGGCCAAACUGUGCCGGAGAGUUCUGGUUCAGAUCUCGUAUGCGAUUGGUAUUAGUCAACCUUUGUCGGUGUCUGUCUUUCAUUAUGGCACAUCGGCGAGAGACGAGGACGAGCUUUUAGAGAUCGUUCAGAAAAACUUUGACCUGAGGCCAGGGGUCAUUGUCAAGGAGCUCGAUCUGAAGAAGCCCAUCUACCAGAAAACUGCCUGCUAUGGACACUUCGGACGAGACGGAUUCUCUUGGGAAAAGCCCAAGAAACUCGUCUUCUGAUGUCCAAGAAUUAUAAGUCUCCACAUUCCUUUCAAUGGUUAACUAUUCUGAUCAUUUUGUGCUAAUGAAACUUUCAAAUGCUUCACUGUAAAUCAUUUGUUUGAUAAAGACAUAUUUUAACAUUCAAGACAGUAAAAUAAAACAGAGCAUCAUUUAUAUGAUUAAAUAGAAUUCAGUUAGUUCAUGAAUUAUGUGGUAAAAGGUAUUUUUUUAUAUUACUGCAUCUUAUAAUAAUGGCACCUUGAUUAUUAGUUACUACAUAAUUUUACUGUAUACCCAAUCAAUUAUCAAUUAAUAAACACUUCUUACAUAUUUACCA